AUGAUGAUGCUAGCAAAUAACAAUUCAAAACUCGCCUUCAGAAAUUACUCAACGUUGGCAUCUAAUGCAAAGAAAAUUAAAGAGCAUAACAAAUCGGAACUGGAUUUGUCAUCCUUUACUCCCAAAUAUAUCAGAAACUUUUGCAUCAUUGCACAUAUUGACCACGGAAAGAGCACACUCGCCGAUUAUUUACUGAAAGAAACGAAUACCAUUACUCCAGAGAUUUUGAAAGAUAACGCCCAAUUUCUUGAUAGGCUACAAGUAGAACGAGAGCGAGGAAUCACUGUGAAGGCUCAGUCUUGUGCCAUGUUUUAUGAAUACAAUGGAAAGAAAUAUUUAUUGAAUUUAAUUGAUACACCUGGCCACGUUGAUUUCAGUUAUGAAGUCAGUAGAAGUAUGGGUGCUUGCGAUGGAGCUCUACUGCUCGUGGACUCUGGACAAGGUGUUCAAGCUCAAACUCUUGCAAAUUAUUUCCUUGCAUUGGAGGAGAAUCUUGAAAUUAUUCCAAUAAUUACGAAAAUUGACCAGCAAACGGCUCAACCAGAGGUUGUCGAAAAGGAAAUGACAGGAAUUUUGGGAGUUGAAAAGGAAGACAUCCUCAGAGUGAGUGCAAAAUCUGGUUUAAAUUGUGAGAAGAUAAUUCCAGCAGUUAUCGAGAAAAUUCCUCCUCCUUCACCUCCAAAAUGUAAGGAUGACGAAACACCAGGUGCUCUUAAGGCUCUAAUUUUCGACUCGUGGUACGACGAAUAUUUUGGAGCUGUCGCUCUUGUAUAUAUUGCCCAAGGAAGCGUAGAAGUAGGCGAUUUUAUUUACUCCUCAGCAAAUGUCAAGGCAGCUUCUAGGCCAACUAAAUAUCAAGUGACCAAGUUGGGAAUUUUGAACCCAGAUCAAGUACCAGUGGACAAAUUAUUUCAAGGUCAAGUUGGAUAUUUGGUGUGUGGCAUGAAGAGCACAAAGGAAGCACAAAUUGGAGACACACUUUAUUUAUGUGAUUCAAAGAUUGAACCUUUACCUGGAUUUAAACAAGCCAAGCCUAUGGUCUAUGCUGGUAUUUAUCCUUUGGAGACUUCUGAAUUUGACAAACUAAGAGAUGUGAUUGAUAAGCUGCUUUUAACUGAUAGAAGCGUAACCAUUGAAAAAGAGACAAGCGCUGCCCUAGGUACAGGUUUUAGAUGUGGAUUUUUAGGUCUUUUACAUAUGGACGUGUUCAAACAACGGUUAGCCCAAGAGUUUACUGUUGAGACUAUUAUAACGGCCCCAACAGUUACAUACAAAGUAGUAAUGCCAUCUUCAGGAAAGAGAACAAGCUUCAAUACUACAGAAGAUCAAAUUGUCGAAUACAUUGACAACCCCAAUGAUUUUCCAGAACACCCAGAGGCCCAAGUUUAUGAACCAAUAGCAAAUUGCACCAUUAUGACUCCAAGAGAAUUUGUUGGAGAUAUUAUUUCACUUUGCCAAGAUAGAAGAGGAGUGCAAGUAAGCAUUGAAUAUUUCUCAAGCGAAAGAGUUUCACUGCAGUAUAAGAUACCACUCAAUGAGAUGAUUUACGACUUUUUCGAUAAAUUAAAAUCAAUGACCAAAGGUUAUGCGACCCUUGAUUAUGAGGAAGCUGGAUUCCAAUUGUCUGAUGUUGUCAAACUGACAGUCAUGUUAAAUAAGGAUCCUGUAGAUGCCCUCUCUUACAUUGUACAUGAAAGUAAGGCCUAUGUUAAAGCAAGAGAAGUCGUACAAAAAUUGAAAAAGCUCAUUUCGAGACAACUUUUCGAAGUCAACAUUCAAUGUGCUGUGGGACAAAAAAUUAUUGCCAGCGAAAAACUGAAAGCUUUCAGAAAGAACGUGACAGCCAAAUGUUAUGGUGGUGACAUUACUAGAAAGAGAAAGUUGUUAGAAAAGCAAAAAGAGGGUAAGAAGAAGAUGAAACAACUUGGAUCUGUUUCAGUACCACAGGAUGCUUUUACAGUUUUAUUCUCUGAGGGAGAUGUUGAGGAUGUCAAUGAAGAUUAA